GUCGUAUCGAGGAUCAAUUAGAGUGAUUUCAAUUUAGUCUAUGCGGCUUCUUCUCUCAUAUUUAGGCUAUGCGGCUUCUUCUCUCACAGUCAUCGUGUGUGCUAUUGGUUUCAAUGGCGGCCAAAAGAUUUCUUCCCUCGCAGAUUUCUUGAGUUUUGAUCAGAAUUCACAUUUACUUCAUUGUUUAAGGUACAUUGAGAUAGUUCACUUGUCUUUCGCAGGUUUUUGGAAUUGUGUAAUCUGGAAUCAGCUAGAAUGA